ACACGCUAGCUAAGACUACGACUUAUUUCUUGAAUGAUAUAUAUUCAGAUAGAUUGUUCAGCUGAUUCGGAUAUAAAGAUGAACAGUUUAAUUAAAGCACUUUUAUGUAUAUUUAUUAUCCUGAUUAAAGUCAAUUCCUGCGUCUCUACGCCGAGUUGUCUUGAAAACUGCGCAUCAUGUUCAAAUUCAACUGUAUGCGCAUCUUGCGACUCGGGAUACUACCUACGGUCAUAUAACGAAUGUAUAGCUUGCUCGUACGUAGGAACGAACUGUGUUACAUGCAGUAAUGGCAUGCAAUGUAGCGAAUGUAGGCAAGGGUUUUGGGGCACAACUUGUAGAUCUUUUUGUUCCAAAGGUUGUAACACAGAAACGUGUAACUCGUUUGAUGGAACAUGUUCUUGUAAACAAGGAUUUUAUGGACCUACAUGCCAAUACCAGUGCUCGUUAAAUUGCGUAACAGACACAUGUGGGGUCAACGGUGAAUGUGUGUGCAAAGACGGGUAUCAUUUAAUUCAGUGUAACGGAAUCUGUUUUUCUGGUUGUGAGAAAUGCUCUAAUGGCUCAUCUUGUUCUCUGUGCCCAGCUGGAAAAUACGGAACAAAUUGUGGUUUUUCGUGUGAAUGCCAUGGAAGAUGCGACAUACUCACUGGUGAGUGUAUACAAGUGACGUGUCCUGAAACGUGUAUUUCAUGCGGAGAACGUGGUCACUGCAACGAGUGCACUUUAGGUUGGUAUGGUGCACGAUGUAACAACACUUGUUCAGAAAAGUGUAAUGGGGGUUGUGAGCAAUAUUCCGGAAAUUGCAAUGCAUGCUAUGCUGGCUAUUUUGGAACAACAUGUGAUAGGCUAUGCAAUCAAUGUCGUGGUGGUAACUGCACUCAAGAGGGGAAGUGUACUUCGUGUUAUAAUGGCAAAUAUGGACCAAUGUGUAAUAAUAAAUGUUCUUUGGAUUGUGAUGGCAAUAUUUGCAACCAAAUAGAUGGAUCGUGUCAACAACAGGUUAAGUGUCCUGUGAAUUGUGUAAGUUGUACGGACAACGUUACUUGCACUGAAUGCGAUGUUUAUAAUUACGGUUAUCUGUGUGGGUCAAGAUGUAACAGUACGUGCAAAGGUGGUCGUUGUGAUAUAAAAUCUGGUCGUUGUGAGAUUUGCGAGUCAACAUAUUAUGGGGAAUUUUGCGAAAACCCCUGUAACAUUACGUGUGCCUCUGCUGAUUGUGAAAGGCAAACUGGUGCUUGUUUUGGUUGUAAAGAACUAUCAGUUCAUGGCCCGUUUUGUAAUUUAACUUGCAGUAAUAACUGUACAGAAAUGCAAUGUUCACAAGAAGAGGGUUAUUGUUCAAAGGGUUGUAUCCCUAAUCAUUAUGGUUUAAUGUGUGACAGCAUCUGCUCCGAGAACUGUGUAUAUACGACAACAGGAUCAAACUGCGACUCUUCUGGAAAGUGUAUCAGUGGAUGUCUUGACGGUUACAUAAGCGAUAUUUGUACGAAAGUGAAAGGGACAACUGCCGAGAACGGGAAAAGCGAUUCAAAGGUGUCGGCAGCUGCUAUUGGAGGAGCAGUUGCCGGUGUGUUGGUGUUUGUUGUGAUCAUCGUUCUGAUUGUUGUCUUCCUGAAAAGAAGAAGAAACACUAAGCCGUAUGAAGAUCGAAUUGACGGAACUGAUCAUGAGUAUCACACAAUAAAUCCAUUGCAUGGAGUGAAGCAAGUUUCUAUGAAAGCAACAGCCGCACGCUCGUUAGCAACAAUAAACCCUAGUUACAACCAUGUUGCGGACACACUAAUGCUCGGUGGUGGCUUAGAAACAGCAGCGGACGAUGAUGAUCUUGAAAUUGAUUUUGACGAAAAGAUAAGGUCCCAGAAAAGGAAACUGGUCAAGGAGGUUGAGGAGAACGUUUACUACAUCGGUAUACAGGACAUAGAGAAGCGGAAAGUGAAAGUGGAGGAAUUGGCGGCUUUUGUGGCUGGAAAGACUCUGGAUUACUAUGAGGAGGAAUUUGAUAAAUUCUCUGACGGCCUCACAAGGAGCUGUGACGCUGCCAAAUUACCUCAUAACAGGGCGAAGAACAGAUACAAGGGAUUAUAUGCAUAUGAUGCUACAAGGGUGAAAGUGACUGGUUUUGAUACUGAUUACAUCAAUGCUAACUACAUCGAUGGUUUCAAUGAGAGAAAUGCGUACAUUGCUUCGCUUGGUCCAAUGUCGAAACAGAUGGGAGACUUUGGCAUGUUUUGGAACAUGAUUUGGCAACAAAAAGUGGAAAAGAUUGUCAUGGUUACCAACCUGAUGGAGGAAGGGAAGGAAAAAUGCGAGCAGUACUGGCCCAAUGUCGGGACCACUUUGACCUACAGCCGGGUGAAGGUGACCUGUCAGAGCGAGGAUGCGUAUGCAGAGUUUACGAGAAGGUUGCUGCUCCUAAAUGAUGGCGAAUCUGAGAGGCAGCUGCACCACCUCCACUUCACGGCCUGGCCUGAUAGGGGAAUCCCAGAGGACGUCACAGCGCUGAUUGAGUUCCGACAUAGAGUGCUCAAUUCUACUGCUCAUCUCGACGGUCCAACGCUGGUUCAUUGCAGUGCGGGAAUCGGUCGAACAGGGACCUAUAUUGCGUUAGAUAUUCUAACAAAGGAAGGAAAUUCGAACAAGGCCGUUGAGAUUCCAGGAUGCAUCAUCAAUAUGAGACAGAACAGACCAAACAUGGUCCAGACAGCGGAACAGUACGAGUUUCUACACCUUGCCCUGGUUCACACCCUGACAUUUAACUGUGAGCAGAUACCAGGAAAACAGUUUCAGGACUACAUGAUCGAGACAAGCAAUGGCGAUCUUAUCAGGCAGUUUAAGAAAAUUACAGACUCUCCCCAUGUUCACACUGACGACGAAAUCCUUGCUAUAGAACGAAACAAGUCUGAGAAAGGAAAGAAUAGAAGUGGAGCAGAUAUUCCAGGCGAUGAAUACCGCCCUCGACUUUAUCUGGGAAUAAGACAUGGAGAUUCAGACUAUGUCAACGCUGUCUUUGUUCAUGCGUUUCAGGCGAAACGGAAAUACAUCAUCGCCCAGUCUCCGAUGUCAAAUACUGUACAGGACUUCCUGACCUUGGCAUACCAAGAACAUUGCUCCUGCAUUGUCAGCUUUGAGCAAAGCGACGGAAAAAAAGAUAUAGGUGAAUAUUAUCCAGCGGACAAUCAAGAACUCAAGAAAGGUCAACUGUCUAUUUCAUGUGGGAGGGAUAAAGUCAAGAACGAGUACAGUAUCCAGAAAUGGCUGACUAUUGAGUUCAAGGGAAGCACACAGAGUAAAGGUGGCAAAAGCACAUUGCGACACUUUGAGUUUACAGACUGGAACCAGACUGGAAAUGUUCCACGCAGCCCUGCUUACUAUGUUGCAUUUCUGAGAGAUGUCAAAAUGGCAUCGUCCAAUGGGCCUGUGCUUGUCCACUGCAGGGAUGGGGGUAGUAGGAGCGGGCUGUUCUGUGUAAUGGCAUUUCUCUUUGAGAAGAUGGAAGUAGAGCACGAGGUCAAUGUGGUUAACGCCGUAAGGAAGGUCAAGGCCAGGAGACCCAACGCCGUACCCACUCAGGCACAGUUCGACUUCUGCCAUGAUGGUCUUCUGGAGUUCAUCCGUUUGUUUAAAACAUACUCCAAUUAGGCGGAGCUGUAAAAUGUGCCUUUGAAAACAAUACUUAACUAUCUUGACUGCUUAUUCUGUCAUCACUUUGAUGCUUAUUUUUGUUUGAUAUAAAUUGCAUACCAUUAUGUAAAGUACGGGAACGUUCAAGUUUAGCAGUUUCCACGAUAACAAUUUAAACCAAGUUCAUACAGCCAACACAAUAACUUUAUGGCUUUACUUAGAAUUUACAAUUCCAACAUUAAGUUCGGCCCCCACUUACACCUGAACUUAAAUGAUUUUUAUUAACCCUGGACAAAUGGGGACAGCUGAAAUGGUUUAUACUCAAACAAUACUUCUGUGAACAUACCUUCUGCAUAUCUAAUUAUAUAUAUACACGUAUAUAAGCUUCUACUAUGUUGAACUUAUGUAAAAUCAAACAAAUUGUUUCGUUUGUAUAACAUAUGAACGUUUCGUAUUUGAAUUUUGUUUAGCUGUAGUUAUGCUUCUACCAGUACAGCUUUAUCUGUUACUUCGUUCACAAAUGAGUUAUAUUCAUAAACACGCUCCUGCAUGCAUCAGCCUUAUGCUAAUUCUAUAAAACUAAUCGUGUAGUCUUAAUGUGUUACUUAAUACAAUGUCUAAGAACUUCUGCAACAUGUUGAUGGGUUUAUUCGUAAAUUAGAAUAUGAUAAACUGUGUAUAUAUUGAAGAUUUGUGAUACUUUUCUAUCGUCGUUCACAACUACCCAGGACGUGCACACUUUCCGCACAUGGGAAUAAUAAUACGUAAUGUUAAAUCUGAAUGUCUACAAACUGCUGCUUUGUUUCGACUUUUUCUAUAAAUGACAUAUGGCUUUGUGGUAAAAAUGCUUUGAAUGAGUAUUGUACUAAAAAAAAAGCUGAAUAUCUGUUUUUAUAUUUUUAAUAUAUUAACAUGCGAACUCUUGUGAUAUGGAUUGUAUGAAAUCUUAAAGAAGUUAUACAAUAAGUUAGUUCAACCGACCAACAUAAAAAAUUCCUGUAUAUUGUAAGUAACCAACAUACGAAAUGGAUAGGUUGUAACUCGGCUCUAAAGGUAACAAUUCCAACACUUUCAUCAGAAAUAAUAAAAUGUUAAAAUUAACUAUGAUUUAUAACAAAUACAUUUUUAUUGCUUGUUUAAACAGUUUUUUUUACGGUAAGGAAUGCUAAGUAACACCCUUUGUAAUGUUAAAUGAAUGACAUUUCUAUCGUCUUAGUGCGCCACUUGCUUUUCUGGUUUAAAAACUAUUUCAAUAACGUAGUAUAUCGGUAACACCUAUAAAAAGUAUGAUUAUACCUUAUAAAUAUUCACAAGAUAUUCAAACAACCCAAGAACAUGUUAUUGACAUUGUUUUUAUGUAAAUUGCAUGUAUAUAUACAGUUUUGUUUACAUUGACAUAUGAUUACCAAAAAUCAUACAUUAACGUUAUAGUUUAAGUAACCAUGGCUAAUGCAAUGAUAACAAUUAAUGUCUCCAGUGAUUAUCGCCAUACACCAGUAGCAAUAAAUAAUAAAAGCACCACAGUAUUUUUAGUGUGCAUGUCUUUGAUAUAGUGGUCAAUAUUAGCAAUAUGUAUGUAUUCAUGUACGAGAACAAAACAUAUGGUAGCAAUAACAACGUAAUUUGUUUUUAUUUCAUGCGGUAUAGUUAAGAGAUAAAACAUUUUAAAGGUUAUGUCAUUACAAACUCAAAUAUGCACAUAUUUUAAAAAUCCAUCACGUUUUGACAGAAUUAUGGCCCUUUUAAUUUUACAUUUUUAUCAUUUUUUCUGCCAAAAUAGGUCAAAUUCAAAACUUCGGAAUUUAAAUGAAAUAAAUAAUGUAAAACAACACAUUUUGUUUAUUUUCUAUAAAUUUAAUACACAUUCCUAAAUAUCAGAGCUUAAACAAUGUUUUAAGCACAAUAUUUCACGUUAAAAAAAUGAUGAAAAAACGUCUGUUUUUAAGAAAUUUUAAAAAUGCCGUAUUUUUUGAAAAAUGAGCUACCAAUAAGGUAAAGGUCAAAAAACAUUUACAUUCUUCCAUUCACUGCUUGACUGUUGCAUUUUUACAAUUAAUAGUAGUAUAUGAUAUUGCUUUGCGGACAAUUGGUUAAAUAUGAAUCGUUGAAUUAAUAAAUCAUUUUUAAAUGUAUGUAAACGUUUUAACCUUGCCGUAAAACUGUUAACACUAAUGCUACUUUAUGAGAGAGUAACCAUUGACCGAGUUAAUACAAUUAUAUUCAAACCUCUAUAUCUUUCAAUUGUGAUUAACUAAGAAGUAAAGUUAUUCAUUGACUAAUGGUAUUUGUGAGAAAAUAUGGACGCUGGUUUUAUCUUUAUGGAUCAAUAAAAAUAAACGUCUUA